CCAGCAUGUCCGUGCAUGUCUCAGCUACUGUGUUGAUUUAUUGCUAACAAGCUUUUGAAAUUAGAUAUCAUACCAUUUUAUCCGACUUUGUAUCAUAAAGAUAGUUGUUGUUGAUUAGGAACAGGAAUAAAGAUCUAUUUGAGAGAGGAAAGAGAAUGGCACCUAAGAGAAAGGCAGCUUCAAAAACCAAAGCUGGAAGGAAGAAGGUAAAGGAGGAGCCUGAAGCUCCCCCGAAAGACAAGUUCACCUCUGCCAAAGAGGCUCUGAAGGCAACAGGAUCACGGGUGAAGGGCAGGAGGAACCCAGACAGCCUGUGUCAUCUAUCAAAUGUUGAGGUUCACGAAGAUUACGACUGUAUGCUAAACCAAACUAACAUUGGAAACAACAACAACAAAUUCUAUGUAAUCCAAGUCUUAGUGUCUGGGGGAGAGUACUACUGCUGGACAAGAUGGGGCAGAGUGGGAGAGUCAGGCCAAAAGAAUUUAGCUGGUCCAUCUACCGCAGAUGCAGCCAUUAAAAAUUUUGAAAAGAAAUUCAAAGACAAGACCAAGAAUAAUUGGAGCGAUCGAGAAGACUUUGUCUCGCAUUAUGGGAAGUAUACAUUGAUAGAGGUAGAUGGGGACCAGGAUGCAGAAGUGAAGGUUGACACUGUAGACGGUGGAGAUGUGAAGGUGAAAAGUGAACACCAGCAUGUUCUGCCUUGUACAUUGGAUAAAGCAACUGAAAGACUCAUCCGAUUCAUCUUCAACAAUGACAUGUUCAAAGACGCCAUGACCAGCAUGAACCUGGAUAUUAAGAAGAUGCCCUUGGGGAAACUCAGUAAGCAGCAGAUAGCCAAAGGCUUUGAGGCUUUGGAGGAGAUUGAAGCUGCAAUAAAGAACAGGGAACGGAACAAGUUAGAAGAACUCACCAACAAAUUCUUCACCAUAAUUCCUCAUAACUUUGGCCGCAGCAGACCCCCAGUCAUCUCUGAUGAUUCUGUCCUUCAGGCCAAGAAAGAGAUGCUUUUGGUUCUUGCAGACAUCGAGAUUGCCCAGAGUCUCAAAGCUGAAUCCGAGAAAGCCAAAGAAGAGAUGAAGGAUGCGGUGCCUCAUCCUGUUGACCAAAAUUACCAGUCUCUGAAAUGCAAGCUAAGCUUAAUGAAUAAGAAAGCAAAGGAAUUUAAGAUUAUUGAGAAGUACUUGAGCGCCACUGGAGAAAGUAGACUAACUUUGGUGGACGUUUGGGAAGUUGACAGAGAUACAGAGGCUGAGCGCUUCAGGGAAAAUGAUGCAUUGGAGAACCGGAAGCUGCUUUGGCAUGGAACAAACGUGGCAGUGGUCGCAGCCAUUCUGAAGAGCGGCCUUCGCAUUAUGCCCCAUUCUGGUGGACGUGUGGGCAGGGGAAUCUAUUUUGCUUCUGAAAACAUCAAAUCUGCUGGCUAUGUGUAUCCGUCCAAUAACAUUGGCAUCAUGUUUCUAAAUGAAGUUGCUCUGGGAAAAGAGUACACCAUCACACAGGAUGAUUGCAGCCUAAGGAAGGCUCCUGCUGGCUAUGACAGCGUAGUUGCACGCGGAAACCAAGAGCCAGAUCCAUCGAAAGAUGUCUUCAUUGAGUUUGAUGGUAAAAAAGUGGCAGUUCCUCAGGGAAAAGCCAUAAACCAAAAGCAGUACGGAAUAAGUUCCUUUUACAAUAGUGAGUACCUCAUCUAUAAGGAAAGCCAGUGUCGCAUUCGAUACCUCCUGGAAUUGAAGUUCAAUUGGAAUUGAAGUUGGAACUGUAAACAGUUACAGUUAUACAUAUACAUAGCCACUUACGAAUGUCACUUCUGCUACGAGGUUUCACUCUCACUUAUAAAGCAUUGAAUGAUCAGUUAUAAUCAUUAUUUCAUAAUGUUGUUAUUAACAUUAUUGUAAUUUUGUUAAGUUGAAUGUUAAACUGAUUUUUGUGUGGCAGUAAAACGGUUCACCCAUGUUAAUUUGAUCAUACCUCUAAUUAUUGAGUCGGAAAAUCUAAUAAUCAUGUCAUCACUACAUGACAUCUUUAUUAUAUACUGUAAACUUGGUUAAUAUUGCCUUACAGUAUGUUUUGCCUUCUAUCUGAGUGAGGUUUGAAUGUCUUCCUAUCAUUACUUUACUGUAACUGACAUGUUAUUCAUAUUAGAAACAUAGCUGCAGGAUUGUGUAUUCUCAUAAAAGUAUAUGUUUACUUUUAAACAUUCGAAAAAAUGUUGAACCUAUAUUCAGUUUGAUAAAAAAAAAUGACAAAAGGCCAACUUUAAGUGGGAUAAAAGAUUCUUAAGAUUUGUUUUUUUCCCCACAUUAAAUACCCUUAUUUUACACACAGUAAGAUUAUUUAAUAAAAUACUUCUAAAGUAUGAUUGAAGCCAAAUUGUUUAAAUAUCUUUGAGAGGAUAUUUCACAAAGUUUUUUGUGUUUCUUAUUCAAGUUAAAGCUCAUCUAACUAAUUCAUGUAACUGUGCAUGCAAGCUGCUUAAACAUUGCUGGUAAGCAUGGAUUAUGAAGGAUGUAUAAUGCUUAUAGAGCUCUUUAUAGAUAUUUUUGUUUAGUCAGAUGCUUUCUUUAUCAAAUGUUUGUUUAAAGCUGUUUAUACAAUUACUGCACUACAAAGGCAAAAGAUAUAUGUGCAUUGUUAUUUUUUUUCUGCUAUGUUAUGGUGAGCUGUGAAGGAAAGUUGUAAUUUGUUAAUCUUAACAUAAUAAAUAAUUAUACAUUU